GUUCUACUGUAAAAUGUCAUCGUCACCGGUUGUCAUUUAUUUACGUUUGUUUAUAAUCAAAUGCAUUCAAAAAUUGAAAUUUUCAACAUAACUUCAAUGAAAGUUUGAGUUAAUUAUGGAUGAUGACAAUACGAAUGGAGUAUUUGGUUUAAUAACAAAGCUUUGUGAAAAAUUCUAUAAGGAUCCAGAUGAAAUAAAAGCAACUAGGAGUAGAUGUUAUGAGAUCAUUUUGAAAAAAAGGUUGCCGAAAUACAAAAAACGUUUUAAGGAUCUAAAAGGAGCAAGUGAUCCAACACUGAAUUUGUUAUCCUGGGUUUUCCAACUUGUACAUGGAUAUGGUCUACAAGAACAUGCUGAAAAGAUACUAAAAGCAGCUGAAAACUUGAAAGAUUGUUACAAAGGUGAUCAAGAUACCUAUAGAAGUAUACUAUAUCUCCUCCUAAACUUUAGAAAUGCGCCCAAAAGGAACGAAAAUAAAUGGGAUCUUUGUAUGCUACCAUCGUUUGACUUCAAACAUGAGGAGGAUAAGCUGAAUACUCUGUUUGUAUUACCUGCCUCGUUACAGCAGGAAUGUGAGAAUUAUUUUAGUGAUACUUUUUAUUUAGAGUCGAAUACAUUUGAGUUAGGACAGUUCCAAUUUCCAAAACAAUCCGAACAUGAAAUCUUGCAUACUAAGGAUGAGGAUGAACAUCCAUAUCAAGAGAGGGUCGAAUCUGAAGAUGACGGUAUUUCAGAAGAGAGCAUGUGGGAGAUGGCUGCAAGAGAGCCAUUCUGCAAGAGGAGGACAUGGGAAAGUUAUGGAUAUGCAGAACCAGAUAAAGAGCAACCUUUUCUUUCUGAAUUAGGAGACCUAUCUUCUCUAUGGGUAGAAAAUUUGGAAACGUUAUAUAUGGUACCCAUUUUCAGGGAAGAAGAACCUAUAUAUCAGUCAAAAAAGAUACCAAGAAAAACAUUCAUAAUGAACCUCAAAUAUCUGUUAGCUGGUAUGGCAUCGGACUGUUUUUCGUUUGAUGGAAAUGGUAAUUUUUGUUUGGAUCCAAAUGUAAGUGUUGAAGGUAUCACACCAGAUACUUUGAGGGCAUAUUGUAGGCCACUAUUGGUAUGUGGGAAUUGCCAUAAAGCCUUAGAAAAGAUGUGCACUCCCAAUCCUGACACUGGGAAGUACAAAUACGAAGGUUAUAUUUUUUCGGAAUUCUGUGGAAGUAUUAAAAGGUAUCUGCAGUUUCACCAAACGGCAGUAUUCUCGAUUCCGUGUGACUCAAAUUUUCUGGAGUUUCACAAAAAAACUCAGCAACUGAGAUUGCAGCAUUCAGCCUUGGCUUCCGUUUGUAAGGUAGGACCUUAUAAAGAAAAGGAUGGGGAAAUACCGAAAGGCGUUGCUUUGUUGAACUAUUUAUACCAAAAAGUUGUAAAUAUCACUGAACAGAAAGUGGCUUUAGUCUUGUAUUCUAUCUUGUACCCCUGUUGUCAGGUAUAUUUCAGUCGUUUUCUGACCCAGUGGAUAUUAGAUGGUGUAAUAAAUGACCCGUAUGGAGAAUUUUUUAUCAAAAUAGACCACAAAUAUCUGAUAACAAAAGGCAGGACUUAUUGGACACGAAGUUAUUCAAUCUGCGAAGAUAUUAUGCCGGAUUUUCUGAUAGAUUUGAAAGACGAUAUUUUAUUAUGUGGCAAAUCUAUGAUGCUGUUGAAACUAUGCAAUAGUUCGAGUAAACUGUGUCAUUAUCUUAUGGGCGCGAAGCCUUCAAUCAUUUCAUGUUGCCUGACAAGAGAUCAACUUGAUGCUGUAUAUCACAGUACAGUUACCUAUUUUCUGGAAGUUUCAGAGGAGAUAGGUCCUCAGUUUAGCAUCAGCAAUGCUCUUACCAAGUACAAAACAAGUGACCCUAACUUUUUGAGUCUAAUUGCCAAAAAGCGGGCAGCUACUAUGAAAAGAAUUGAAUUGGAGAGAUUAAAAGCAAUAGAAGAACAGAAAAUGAAAAAGAUGGAUGAGAUGAAUGCUUUAAGAGAACAGUAUGAUAUGGCUUUAGAACAAGUGCAGUUGAAUGUGGUGAAAGAAAUUCAGGAAGAUAUGAGACAGGUACAAGAAAAUAUUGAAAUCGAAGAGAAACGUCAGAAAUUGGUAAAGGAGGAAGCGGAUAAAAUGAUUGAAUAUUACACAAAAUUGUACGAGCAAGCUGAAAAGAAGAAGGCACUAAUCGAAAAGCAUGUUAAAGUUUUUAAAAGCAUUCACUUCAAUCGAAAUACAGAAACAGAAAAUGCAGAGGAAAAACACUGCACUGAAGAUACGGAACACCAGGCAGUUGCAAAUAGUUCAAACGAAAGUUUUUAUUCUCUGCAUGAUGACAAACAAAAUGAAACAGAAAAAGUGGAAGAACAAGAAACGAAACAGGAUGAUGAUGAAGAAGAAGCAGUGUUUCAUGAUUCUACUACGAAUUUCCAAAUUCAUUCGUCCGAAUCAAUGGACAUUCUGAACGCAAAUACCGAAGAUCAAUUAAACGAGGUACCUGCAGAAAAAACAGUGCCGCCACACAUACAGACCGUAAUCGACAAUUACAAAAUGGCAAAACAGAUCAAGCAAAAAGUUAUGACCCAAGAAAUGGGUAUAGAUUUCAGCUCAAGUGCUGAUCCAAAACGAACAGAAGAUGCUACUGCUACUUAUUUAACCGAGGCCCAAAAAAAUAAAUUGAGGAUUUUGUCUUCCGAAUUUGGGAUUGAAGUAAAAGAUGUCCGGAAACUGAGAAUGUCAAAAGCAGCUCAAAACAACAAGAAUAGGAUUCUAGGCACAAGCGACUGCUUUCAUUAUUUGGAUAACGUAGACUUCGUCAACAAAAAUCACGAAGAAUCGAUGAAGAAGUCGAAAUCACUAACGCUUGAUUUGAGCAAAAAGCAACCUAAACAAGAGCUGGAUAGACCUGUGCCGAUGUCUGUUGAUUCGACACCACAAAGUGAACUCAGCUGUAGCACAAUAUAUAUGAGCGUGGACGUGAAUCAAACGUCAACUACGCCAACUACUGCUAGGACAGAAUCAGAAAUUCAACUUCCCUUCGACCACAAUCAGAAUCCUUCCGCCGAAGCGAUUAACCUUAGUCAAAAUGUUGGCUUUUUACCGAAAAUGGUGUUUUCUAAAAGGGUGCCCACGAAAGUUGCUCGGUGCAUAUCAACCAACUGCCUCUCUUUAGUUUUGGAAGAAAGUAUUCAUAUACCGCUCGUAGCACAGACUAAGGCCGUGAACAAUGAGCUCCUGAGGUAUUUCAUCCAUGACCUGAAAUACCUUGACCAUCUGCACAGUUUAAGGGACUACUUUUUUCAGCUGGAUUGUGAAUUUGGCAGGAACGUGACAGAUACAUUGUUCACAAAAUUGUACGAAUCUUCUGUGCCGUCUGACGUUAUCAGCUGCAGGAUGCUCAAGGAGCUUCUAUACAGGGCGUGCGAUGUUAGCGGAAAAAAUCAAGAUAACUCGCAAAGACUUUCGUUCAGAAUGACUGGGAUGCCGAAACGAUUAGAUUUGGGAGACCCGAAUGUUUUGGAUUUCAUUUCUUUGACUUAUAAAAUCCAGUGGCCUCUAAAUAUACUGUUGCCUGCAGACACUAUAUCGAAAUACGAUGAAAUCUUCAAAUUUCUUUUGAAGUUGCAUAGAGCAUCGUGGGUCUUGAAGAAAAUAUUCUUGGAACUGAAGAGUUUGGCGAAAGAAAUGGGCGAAAAGGAAAUUUACCUAAUGUCGUCUCCCCAAUAUAGGCGGUUACAUCAUCAUCGUCAUAUUAUGACACAUUUCAUUCAGACUUUCCAAGAUUAUAUUGUUGGCGAAGUAUUGCAAGCUAGCUGGGAAUCUUUCGAGAGAGAAUUACCUAACGCCACGAAUUUGGACGAGCUGUAUUCUAUGCAUGUGUCUUACGUGAAGAAAAUUAUUAUACUGUGCAUGCUGCAUCAAAAGAUGAAUGCAUUGAAGACAGUGAUCCAUAAAAUAUUUGUUGUAGUAUUGAAAUUUUACGAUUACCUGAGAUCCAGGCUGUGGGUUUGUAAAGACGGCGCUUAUAUUCAUCCAAAUUUCGAAAAGUUAGAUAGCAUAUUCAAGAACUUUGAAGAACUGGUGGCCUUCUUUUUCAAAGUCGCUAGGAAAGUUGGUAAAUGCGGACUGCAACCGCAUUUGAUACAGUUAUUGGACAUGUUAGAUGUUAAUAAUUAUUACACAAACAUUUCUCUUGCUUUCAAUAAACACAAGUAGUUAUUUAUUUUGAAUAAAUCUGGUAUUUAUUUGUCUGCUUACCCACUAGCAAGUGUAUAUUACAAUUAUGUAGGUGUAUG